UAAAGGAAGAGACUGCGAUCGCCUCUUGGAGGUUUUUAGGUUGUGCUCUACCAUAGCACGUCCUACACCUUCCGAGAGGUAUAUUGUAUUGCAUCUGGCAUACUUUUUUUACUAUUUAUUGUCUUUCAUAUUGUGUUGUGCUUGUUUUUUAGGAGGAGUUUUUUUUAUUGAGAAACUGGUCUUAAGGUAAGUUAUUUCCUGUUUUACGUUGUUUUUAUUGCUGUGGUAAUUUUUUAGUUUGUUUGAUUCCUUUUAGCUGUCGGUGCCUCCAACAUGUCGGCUGCUCGUGCCGGCAUGCGGAGGCACCACAGCACUAGGUUCCUUUUUUUAGAAAAAGAUGGAAAGUUAAUGGAAAUGUCAAGGUUGGAUUUUUCGAGGAAACUUAUGCAAAAACUUCUAGGUUUUAAUCCUGCUGAUUUAAAUUGCAUUCUAACCCUGCCUUUUAACAAAGGCUUCGAUGUGAGUUUUAAAAAUGCAGCACUGUUAAAUGAGUUCUGGCAGCGCUUUGACACACACAAGACCCAGUUUUCCAUGUUUAAAGUUGAGAAACUAACUGAUAACACACAAAAAAUGGUUAUCGUUAGAAUGUUCAAUGAGACUGUGAAUGGAGAAGACAUUUGCACAUGGCUGGGUAGAUUUUGCACUGUAAGGGGCCAGGCUAUGAAGGUUUAUGAUGAAGACGGUAUUUGGAAUUGUUCCUGGAGGGUCCCCAUUAAGCAAUGGGAAGACCCACAGGGCUUCCAAGGUCUGAGGCAUUUACCACAAAUGAUAGUUCUGGGAGAAAACAGGGGCUACAUCCACUACCAGGGAAUGCCCAAACUCUGCCGGCGAUGUGGGGAGUUUGGGCAUCUUGUUGAAGCAUGCCAGAAACUCUUUUGUAACAAGUGUAGAGAAAUUGGACAUUCCUUUGAAGAAUGUCCAAAUGGCAGAAAGUGUAAUCUUUGUGGAGACUUGUCUCAUCUCUACAGAGAUUGCCCCAAAUCGUUUGCCAACAAAGUAAAAUCAGACAAAAUGGCGGUUGAGGAGCGAGUACAACAGGCCAAUGAGGAGGUGGAGCUAAAUUCAAAUCUCCCGCCAAACCCUGGGGUUGGUGGAGAGAAAAUUGAUAACAGAGGUAAGGAGAGAGGGGGGGCGGAGCAAACUUCAAAUUUCCCGCCAAACCACACUAUUGGAGCAGACGGAAAUGAGGAGAUGGAACUCCACCAAUCCCUAAUAGAGAAAGAAAAGGAGUCAAAUGAACAGAGCAAGGAGGAGGAUAGUGAACAAGAACAGGAAAAGGUAGUGGAGGAGAAACAAGAGAUAGAGGUGUGACGACAGGUGGAGGGAUAUGGAAACUGAACUGCUCCCUGCUGGAAGACCCAGAGAUCACAACAUACUACAGGGAGCAGUACAGCCAAUGGCAGACUUUACAAGACUUUUAUGAUUCACGAGCACAGUGGUGGGAGAUG